CAUGUGACGGUAGUGUACUGCUACUACUACUACUACUACGGUAGAUCGUAGCACCCGCCCUACGGAUCGGCAUUGCGAUGAGAAGCUCGUCUCAAGGGCUUAUCCACAACGCUCUUGACUAUUGACAUCAUCUCACCAACGGAUCAUUUUUCACUUACUUCAGGUGAAAGGACUAACAAUCUCUCGAUACAUAAAGGGAGAAGAGGAGAAACUGAAUCAUACACUCAUAACUAGUAUAAACCAAGUGGAGCUAGCAGAGCUGUGACUGGCUCAGGUGACUGGCUCAGGUCAGGAAUGGUGGAUAACUUGCCGGUAGGAGAGGGGACCUUCCUGUAUUACGCCAGCUUUCCUGCUGAACAUCACGAAUCGGACAUGGUGAUAGACACAGGUGUCUACCAGGCAGUGUCCUCCCCGUUUUCAGAGGACGACCUGAGUGACUCGUCCAGCCCUCGCUCCUGCUCCAGCCCUGAGUCCCAGGUGCUGGGUUCCAGCUACGGCAGCAGCAGCAGUGGAGAGAGCCAGGAUGGUCUCCUGGACUUCCUGCUCUCCCAGGCCACCCUUGGAAGUGGAGUUACUCCCACUCUAUCUCCCUCAGUACCACCCAUCCUCCCCAGGGGUUUAGCAUGGGAGUCGAAGACGGACCGCCUGUUUCAGCCAACCAAAGAGGAGUGCUUUGAGUUCCCUGUGUUCCCAGUGGACCUGGAGGAUCAUGUGGGGCUGCUGUUUCAGCCCACCCUGGAGGAGAUAGAGGAGUUCCUGGAGGAGAAUAUGGAGGUGGUGACGUUGAAGAAGGAGGCUAGUGAGGGAGGGAUGUUGGAUGUAGACAGUCAGGUGACAGGGUUAGAACCUGGGCUAGAGCAGUCAGUACCUGUUGCCAGGGCUACUGUCCCCACCACAGAGACCAAAUACACAGCAACAUCCACAACAACACAUUCCAACGGUUGUAGUGGGAUUAAACAGGAGGAACCUGCUGAAACACCAGCCUCGGGGGAGGGGUCUGUCUUGACGCCUGUCAUCUUGCAGAUUCAACCAAUCCACAUUAAGCAAGAGCCCAGCCCAGGUGUGAUACCAACACCAGUACCACCGCAGACCACCCUGCCCUCCUCAGACAUCAAAAUCGCCCAGCUCCUGGUCAACAUCCAGGGCCAGACGUUUGCCCUGGUGCCCCAGCUGGUGUCUCCAGCUAAUCUCAAUGGUACAUCUUCCAAAUUUGUGCGCAUCGCACCCGUACCCAUCGCCGCCAAGCCCCUGGGUCUCAGGGAGAGUGGGCUUUCAGGUGACCAGGCUGCAGGGAUCCUGGUGGGAGGACAGAAGUUCCAGAAAAGCACGGUUACGGACCUUAUAAAAAUGCAUAAGUGCACUUUCCCUGGCUGUGCCAAGAUGUACACCAAGAGCAGCCACCUGAAGGCCCACCUGAGGAGGCACACAGGGGAAAAGCCCUUCGCCUGCACCUGGCCUGGCUGUGGAUGGAGGUUUUCGAGGUCAGACGAACUCUCCAGACACCGGCGCUCUCACUCUGGAGUGAAGCCUUAUCAGUGUCCCAUCUGCGAGAAGAAGUUUGCCCGCAGCGAUCACCUGUCCAAACACAUCAAAGUCCACCGCUUUCCAAGAAACAGCAGGACAGUGCGAUCCGCAAACUGAGCACAUUGACCUCCCGGUCCUGCUAGACUGAGGCCACGCCACAGGACACAUGGAGAGACAUAGAGAGAGAAUGUUUGUGAGACAGAGUGAAUGAAUGUGGGAGAUUGCUUACAGCAGAGGGGACAGUGGGACAGACAGAAUGAAUGUGGGAGAUUGCUUACAGCAGAGGGGACAGUGGGACAGACAGAAUGAAUGUGGGAGAUUGCUAAUAGCAGAGGGGACAGUGGGACAGACAGAAUGAAUGUGGGAGAUGGCUAAUAGCAGAGGGGACAGUGGGACGGACAGAAUGAAUGUGGGAGAUGGCUAAUAGCAGAGGGGACAGUGGGACAGACAGAAUGAAUGUGGGAGAUUGCUAAUAGCAGAGGGGACAGUGGGACGGACAUAAUGAAUGUGGGAGAUUGCUAAUAGCAGAGGGGACAGUGGGACAGACAGAAUGAAUGUGGGAGAUUGCUAAUAGCAGAGGGGACAGACAGAAUGAAUGUGGGAGAUUGCUAAUAGCAGAGGGGACAGUGGGACAGAGAAUGAAUGUGGGAGAUUGCUAAUAGCAGAGGGGACAGUGGGACAGACAGAAUGAAUGUGGGAGAUUGCUAAUAGCAGAGGGGACAGUGGGACGGACAGAAUGAAUGUGGGAGAUUGCUAAUAGCAGAGGGGACAGUGGGACGGACAGAAUUAAUGUGGGAGAUUGCUAAUAGCAGAGAGGACAGUGGGACAGACAGAAUGAAUGUGGGAGAUUGCUAAUAGCAGAGAGGACAGUGGGACGGACAGAAUGAAUGUGGGAGAUUGCUAAUAGCAGAGGGGGCAGUGGGACAGACAGAAUGAAUGUGGGAGAUUGCUAAUAGCAGAGAGGACAGUGGGACGGACAGAAUGAAUGUGGGAGAUUGCUAAUAGCAGAGGGGGCAGUGGGACAGACAGAAUGAAUGUGGGAGGUUGCUAAUAGCAGAGAGGACAGUGGGACAGACAGAAUGAAUGUGGGAGGUUGCUAAUUGCAGAGGGGACAGUGGGACAGACAGAAUGAAUGUGGGAGAUUGCUAAUAGCAGAGGGGACAGUGGGACGGACAGAAUGAAUGUGGGAGAUUGCUAAUAGCAGAGUGGACAGUGGGACAGACAGAAUGAAUGUGGGAGAUUGCUAAUAGCAGAGGGGGCAGUGGGACAGACAGAAUGAAUGUGGGAGAUUGCUAAUUGCAGAGGGGACAGUGGGACAGACAGAAUGAAUGUGGGAGAUUGCUAAUAGCAGAGGGGGCAGUGGGACAGACAGAAUGAAUGUGGGAGAUUGCUAAUUGCAGAGGGGACAGUGGGACAGACAGAAUGAAUGUGGGAGAUUGCUAAUAGCAAAGGGGACAGUGGGACAGACAGAAUGAAUGUGGGAGAUUGCUAAUAGCAAAGGGGACAGACAGAAUGAAUGUGGGAGAUUGCUAAUUGCAAAGGGGACAGUGGGACAGACAGAAUGAGUGUGGGAGAUUGCUAAUAGCAAAGGGGACAGACAGAACGAAUGUGGGAGAUUGCUAAUAGCAGAGGGGACAGUGGGACGGACAGAAUGAACUUUCAAACAACAGUUAAAAGGGAGAGAGUGUUUGAAGGUUUUGUUUGUUUAUGUGUGUGUGUGACGCACGUUGGUGGUACUGUGAUAAUUUAUUGAGUAAUGCAGAGACUCAAAAGAGAAAACAUUUAGAAAAAACAAGAACUGUUACAUAACAUGACAUCUUCACUGGUGCACGAUGGGAAGUUCAGUGCUUUAUCGGGAUUUACACUUAAAAGCAAUGUUCCCGCGUUCGCGGAGACUGCAUUCACAGUAAACGCUGCAUAUGCCGGCUCAAUCGGAAAUUACUUUUACAUUUCAAUGUCGCUAUAGCACUGAACUUCUGCAGCACAGAUUGAAUCGAGUCCUAAGUUUCUUGUAAAUAGCUUUUCUUCAUUUUUGUAAGGUUUUUUUUUCUCAUAAAAAUGUUUAAGAUACGAUUUGAGAAUAUAAAAGAGGUUUUGUUAUGCAAAGUAUUUUUACACUUUGAGGUUUGAAUGAAUUGUUGUUGAUGUACCUGCCUAUCAUUAAUGCAUCAACAUUCCUUCUGCUAUAUGAUGAAAUUAUCUUCUCAUCACCGAGGGAGUUUUUACUAUGUACUUCUUCAAGCCAAAAAAUUACUAUUAAUACUCAAACGUUCAUGUUGAACUACUGAUCAUGAUCAGAAUCAUGCCAUUAUAAGCUACCUGCAACAUGUGGAGGCUGUCUCCUAUUUUCACUACGGGAGCAAUAUGACGACUCAUGCCUGGUAAAGGCUGGAUCAGCUAACAGUGAACAGCCGACUGCAAUACAACGAGGUGCAGCAGAAAGUAUUUGAUGUUUUAUGGUGUGUUGUUUAUAUAUGAACCGACUGGCUUUCUGAUCACAAUUGAAGACAUUGAAGAACUUUUCCUUUUGUAUAUUUGUAUACAUUAGCUGGAGGAGCGGUUAUUGUCAUUUUCUUUCAUUUUGUGUUAUGUCAUUGGCGCUUAAAGCUGGCCUUCUCUGGGGCCAAUAUGCCAGCUGAGUAGGCCUACGUAGUAUCUGUUUGAAUAUAAUGAUAACACUUAACCCGUUGGAGACUGUAUUAAAUCUUCAUAGCACAUAAGCAUUGAAUGCCUAGCCUGACAUGUUGUAUACAGUGUGUGGAUGUCAGUGACAGUCAAUCAAUGUACAGUUUCAAACAGUGCUGGUAGGAGCUACAGUAUGAAGGACUCAGACCAUACACUUCAAUGUCAGUCUAAUCAAUGCUUUCAGUAAAAUAGUUGAACUAUGUUUUUUAGGGAUUCUUCAAAAAUUGCAGCUACAGUAGCCUGAGGUAAGCCUCCUCGAUAUCAACACAAUAGUCUGCCUCGUGUCAUCAAUGCAUGGUGCUGAAGCACCCUACAGUGUUUCAAAAGUGACCUCUGUUUCAAACUGGAACAACCCCCAAAAGCCUUUUUAGCAGACAGACAGCAGUGCCAACCUAGCCAAGCUUCCUGGGCUAUUACGUUUCAUCUGGAGGAUCUGGAAUUGCAUGGUGCUUUAUUCAGACGAAAGGUAGUCUAGUGGUUAGAGCAUUGGACUAGUAACCGGAAGGUUGCAAGAUCAAAUCCCUGAACUGAGGUAAAAAUCUGUUGUUCUGCCCCUGAACAAGGCAGUUAACCCACUGUUCCUAGGCCGUCAUUGAAAAUAAGAAUUUGUUCUUAACUGACUGGCCUAGUUAAAUGAAGAUAAAUACAUUUAGUUAUUUCCUCUGGAACAUGUGAAGAAGUAAAUGGUGGUAGAAAUCUUAGCCUCCAUACACAUGUUCUACAGUCUCCUUCCUGAUCUACAGAUGACAUCACAGGAAGACACAUGAUUGGCUUAGUGAAAUACAGGACUCAAAUACUGUAAGGAUUAGGAAUGUUUUUUUUUUACAAUGGUGUCUUUUCCCUGUACGAAACUACACUGUCUAUGAUGGCCAUGUUGUUUCUGUGUUAACGUUGUCUGAACCUGAGGGGUCUAGAGAGGGCAGUAAACUUCUACUGUAGUAAUGCAUUCCUUCAAUCCCAUUUCAAAUGUUUAAAAUGUUUUUUACAACAGGCUAUUUUAACCCAUGAAUGUAUGUAAAUACUGCAACUACACCUAAAAGGAACAGAAAUAUUAUUGUAAUUAUUUCUGUGAUUGCGUACAAUUCUAGUGCAUGUGUAUAUAAUGACAAUUCAUGAUAUAUUGUUAUAAAUAUUAUAUACUAUUAUAAAUAUUAUAUAUUUUUCUUUGUUCUACAUACGAUGCAUUUACAAAUUAAAGAAACCCAAAAGAUA